AUGGGCAUGGCAAAUGGUAUGAUAAUAAACGUAGUCUCUAGCAAGAGGAAGAAUGCUGUUCUGAUGAGAUACUGUAAAGGGGGAAAGGUGUCAGUUAAUGAUGGUGAAUACUUUGUCACAUCAGAUUCGAAGACAAAAAUCACUGGGUGUAAAUUUAAGUUAUAUGUGCACUUAGUUGAUGGGAAGUGGCGCAUUCGGGUGUAUCCUGGUGAGUUUGAAAUGCAUAACCACGAGCUGUUUGACGAAGAUCAUCCCACGAGGGGCCUUAGCGAUGGAGUGAAACAGCUUAUACAGGGUAUAUCCAAAGAUGGGUGCAGACCGUGUCAGAUCAUGGCUGCGAUUGAGAGGAUAUUUCCUGAUGAAAAAGUUAACAGACGGCAAGUCUACAAUUUCAGGAAGAAAUUGCGUAAUGAGGGGUUCCCGGUCUUGGGUGACUCGAGUACCAUGGAUGUCGCGACGACGACACUAUCGGUGGCCAAGCAUCAUCGUUACAUCAUCAUGACAGAUUGCAAUCAGGAGACAGGUGCCGGCACAUCGAUAACUCUUAAGCAUAUUCACCCAUUCUGGGCGACCCUUAAUAUCGGUGAACAGGCUGGUACAAGUGCUCCUAGCGAUAUGGAUGACGAUGUCCUUUAUACCAGACAGUUGAUGGAAGAGCUGAACGAGUGUCCUAAGGCAGUACGACGCACGGUAAAUAGGGCUCUCCACGAUAUGCAUCCAGACCAGUGUGGGUUCAAAGAACCCGAGGAGGUCAAGAGAAGGAAGGGGCGGCCUAAGGGGGCUAAAUCAAAGAAAAAAGCAGAGGCCAACACUUUUGCCCAUGAACAACGUCAAGGCCAACAAUCCCCACAGAAAAAAGUAACACAUAAUGUGUGGGAUUACAGGGACGAGACUCAAGAAAAGUCGACCACAGGUACCAGCGAUUCAAGUAAGAAGGCGCCCCUCGUCUUCAGGUGGUCGUACAAAUGCAUCCACAGGACGGAAUGCCAGGAAGAACCUAGCGUUGCUGGUUGGGAAUUACCACUUCUUCCUAGAAUUCAAGAUUGGUAUAGGUUGGUCCCCUCUAAUCCUGGACGUGUCGUGGAUUAUGCUAAUAAUUUCAUUGAUCUUAGUUUCUUAGAUUAG